AUGAAUGGCGCAAAUGCCUCCUCUGUGAGCUGCCGUCUCCAAUCGCCCGGUCUUUCAUUCUCUGCGGAUGCCACCACUCGACGACUAGGGGAUUCUUCUGGAACAACCGGACGAGUCCAGCGUCGACGCCAUCAUCCUCUCGCUGCCGGUGCCGGACAGAUAAAGAAGGAGAAGGAGAAGAAGCAAGAGAAUGCCGAAGCCGCUCGCGGGACAGCCGCAAUGCUGCUAAUUGGGAUUGAAUUGGAACCCGAAGAUUGGGUAUCGAGUGUGCUCUGGAUCCGACCCGCCGUCGAGAUAGACGUACGCGUAGUCAGUUUUAUUUGUAUGCAAGCGAUCCUCGCGCCGGAUGUCCGCAUGGGUUCGAUGCGGCCACCGGCUGGGGAGGGUGUGGAUCAGGCUGCGGACGUAGAGCGGGAAAACAUUGGGAGCAAAGCGGAAGAAGAGCCGGCCACUCUGGUAGGAGUCAGGGGAUGCCCACUCCUGGCUGAUGGACGUGUCCUGUUGGACCUGAUCCCUGAGUUUGUCGCGCGCACAGUGGAAACAGAUGUGUUGUGCUGUUUGAUGGGGUGGGUCAAACACGAAAAUGGAGAGCUUCAUGCCCCGGAGACUUUUCAGGCGGCAGAGCUCGAGGAGGCCACCAUCCCAAAAAGUGUCUCGUACCGCCUGCACAGGGAAAUGAAGAGAAAUCUGGAUAGAGAUGGCAGCGAGAUUGGAGAAACCGAGACUGAUCAACGAAAAGGUCUCAUUCCAUUCAGCGAGAAAGAUUCAUCGAAUUGCUCGCAAGAUCCUGCGGACAAGGAUAGUCUUGAGAUGCGAUUUGAGGUGCGAUACCCGUGUACCGAUCAGAUUGGAGGAUCUUUUGCUGUGUUGUCACACAUUCUGGGUGGUCGCAGGUUUCGGAUAUGA